UGGCAAGAUGAAGUUGAUGUUUAUUGGAUGUUGAGCCGCUGCGUGUCAGCCGGGUGUAUUUCCGUUUCGAUAGCAGCAGAGCGGAAGUAGCAGGAUGUUGGGGGAUUUGCUGUUGUUCGGGACUCUGUUGGUCAAUGCCGGAGCAGUGUUAAAUUUCAGGCUGAAGAAGAAAGAGAGUCAGGGCUUUGGUGAAGAAGGAAGAGAACCAACAACAGGUGAUAAUAUCAGGGAGUUUCUGUUGAGUUUAAGAUACUUUCGGAUCUUCAUCGCACUGUGGAAUAUUUUCAUGAUGUUUUGCAUGAUUGUGCUGUUUGGAUCUUAAACAACUUUGACUGAACUGACAAAAAAUACACGUAAAUCUUUGGCAAUUUGCAGAUGGCUUCCAACUGGAAAUAUAAAAUACUAAGUAAAAGAUAUGACAUCA